AUGAGAAGUAAGAAAGCAGGUUUAUAUAGAGGGAAUGGUAUGGAAGAAGAAGGGACGCUUCGUUCCAAGAGAUUGGCCACUAAGGGAAUGACAAGUAGAAAGUGGUUGGAAUAUAGUAUUGAGAAGGAUGCGGCAUUUUGUUUUUAUUGCUACCUAUUUGGGCGGCAAGAUGUUGGUAAGCAAGGAGGAGGUGAUACUUUUGUAACGAAGGGAUUCAAACUUUGGAAUCAAGUUGCGAAGUUAGAGUCCCAUGUUGGAGGAGUUAAUAGUGCUCAUAGCCAAGCUGUCAAGAAGGGUGAAGAUCUACUGAAGGAAAAGCAACACAUUCAAAGUGUUUUGGUUAAACAAUCAAAUAAAGAUAAACAUGAUUAUCGGGUUCAAUUAAAUGCAAUAGUUGAUUGCAUAAGAUUCCUUUUAUGCCGGGGAUUAGCUUUUCGUGGUCACGAUGAAUCUCAAGGUUCAAGUGAUAAAUGAAAUUUUCUUGAGCUUGUAUAAUUUUUGGGGGAUCACAAUGAAUCUAUCAAUGAAGUGUUGCAAACAGCUCUGAAAAAUUGCAAGCUUACUCACCCGGAUAUUCAAAAAGAUAUUGUGAAUGCAAUUGCACGGGAAACAUCCAAAGCCAUCAUCAAGGAUCUUGACAAUGGGUUCUUUUCAAUAUUAGUUGAUGAGUCACGUGAUAUCUCAGUGAAAGAACAAAUGUCCCUUGUUCUUCAUUAUGUGAACAAAAAAGGGAUUAUUAUAGAGCAGUUCCUUGGUAUUGUACAUGUUGCAAGUACCACCGCUUUGUCACUCAAAUGUGCUAUUGAAUGUUUACUUUGUGAACAUAAUUUGAGUUUGUCGAACCUACGUGGGCAAGGUUAUGACGAGGCCAGUAAUAUGCAAGGUGAUAUCAAUGGUCUCAAAACUUUAAUUUUGAAAGAGAAUAAGUCAGCAUUUUAUGUCCAUUGUUUUGCUCAUCAACUUCAAUUGACACUUGUUGCUGUUGCUAAAAAUCACAUUAACAUUGCUGAAUUUUUUUUAUGUGGUUAA